GGGAUUAAACUUAAAAACCCGAUCUGAAGUCACUUCCCCCAUUCUUCUGCACCAGACGUCUACAGUCAGCGCAGUCUAGUCACAGAAGAUGAUGCGUCAAAGAGGAAACCAGCGAUUUUAGCUAAUUUUAUUUUUAUUUUCAAUAAUAAUAAUAAUAAUAAUAAUAAAAGGGCGGCAGCGGCUAAGCUGGCGUACAGUCCGAAGCUAGUAAUGGCGGAGCUCCGGCACUCAAGUUCGAUGGGAAGCCGAGCGGCGUCAGCGUCACCAAGGAAACGGGACGAUGUCGCUGUGGCUUCCUCCCCACUGUCUCCCGAUAAUAUUCCCACCUCCUCUUCCUCCGACGACAAUCGUAGUCGUCAUACUCGAGAUCGCGGCGGCCUCCGCUCUUUCUUCUCCGCCGGGCACUUGCACUCUCUCUUCCCCUUCUCCUUCACCGACGACGCUAGGCUCCAUACUCACAAUUCCAAGAUCUCGGUUUUCGUGCUUUGUUUGAUUUUCCUCGCCGCAAUUAUUUCAGUUUCUUCAAUUGUCAAUCGAUUGAAUGCUCCAUAUCUGUGCAAGAAAGAUGGCAUAGUACUCCACUGUCCACGGGUAAAGGAGCAUCCUUCACUAUGGGAGAAUCCAUAUUCAGCUACCACUUCAUGGAAGCCAUGUGCUGAGCGACGUGUGGGCAUAAUUUCUGAUAUUCCCGCUGAGAAUGAAACAAAUGGAUAUAUAUUUAUACAUGCUGAGGGUGGUUUGAACCAGCAAAGAAUUGCUAUUUGCAAUGCUGUGGCUGUUGCGAAGAUAAUGAACGCCACUCUUAUUUUGCCAGUGUUGAAACAAGAUCAGAUAUGGAAGGACCAGACAAAAUUUGAAGACAUAUUUGAUGUCGACCAUUUUAUUGACUACUUAAGGGAUGACGUACGAAUUGUUCGUGACAUUCCUGGAUGGUUUACUGACAAAUCAGAGCUGUUCACCAGCAUAAGACGGACAGUGAAGAACAUCCCCAAGUAUGCUCCAGCGCAAUUCUAUAUUGACAAUGUUCUACCCCGGAUUAAGGAGAAGAAGAUAAUGUCCUUAAAGCCUUUCGUUGAUCGACUUGGAUAUGAUAAUGUUCCCCCAGAAAUAAACAGACUAAGGUGCAGGGUAAAUUAUCAUGCGCUCAAAUUUCUGCCUGAGAUUGAGCAAAUGGCUGAUCAACUUGUAUCAAGGAUGAAAAAUCGCACCGCCAGUUCAAAUCCUUUCAUGGCUCUUCAUCUGAGGUUUGAGAAAGGGAUGGUAGGCCUUUCAUUCUGUGAUUUUGUGGGAACAAGGGCAGAGAAAGCUCUCAUGGCUUUGUACAGACUGAAAGAAUGGCCUCGACGUUUUAAGGACGGCUCUCAUCUAUGGGCUCUAGCUCUUCAGAAGCGGAAGGAAGGUCGGUGCCCCCUUGAGCCUGGUGAAGUGGCAGUCAUGCUUCGAGCAAUGGGUUAUCCGAAAGAAACCCAGAUAUAUGUUGCUUCAGGACAGGUUUAUGGUGGACAAAACCGCAUGGCUCCCCUUAGGAAUAUGUUCCCAAAUCUCGUAGCAAAGGAGGAAUUGGCAACCAAAGCGGAGUUGGAUGGCUUCAGGAAGCAUGUCACUAGUCUGGCCGCCCUUGAUUUCUUGGUCUGCUUGAAGUCUGAUGUGUUUGUCAUGACCCAUGGAGGAAACUUUGCUAAAUUGAUAAUUGGAUAUCGUCGUUACAUGGGUCACCGUCUGAAAUCCAUUAAACCAGACAAGGGACUGAUGUCCAAAUCAUUAGGCGACCCAUACAUGGGCUGGGCGACCUUUGUGGAAGACGUGGUGGUUACCCAUCAGACUCGAACAGGAUUACCUGAAGAAACCUUUCCUAAUUAUGACAUCUGGGAGAACCCUCUAACACCUUGUAUGUGUAAAGCCUGAUUGUGAUAACUUGUAUAGUGAAGGUAAACACUAGGAAUUUCAUUGGAAGAGUCUCUUUGGUAAAGUUGCAGUCAUGCCCUUGGAAAGUUGUCCAAGCUGUUCUGCACUCAAGAGACCUGGAGAAUCUGAACUUGCAUGGUGGAAACAAUCUUGGGGAUUCUGAGGUCUGCUUGGAGAUGGAGAUGGAAAGUUUGUGAAGUGCAGGCUUGCAAGUGGCUGGCAUGGAGCAGCCUCGCAACUAUUUGCAUGGCCUGGUGCUCUUCCUUGAAGAGAAUACAACAGUUUUGCAUCUUAAUAUUGGACCUCUUCAUUGAAUUGAGCAACGAUGUGAUGUAUAUUAGUUUUUUUUUUAUUCUGGUACAUGAAAUCUCAUAUUUCAAAAAAA